UUGUGGGCUGCCAGAUAUAGUAUUUAAGACUAUAUAUUGUUGUUUUAUUAGCAGGGCGUACCCAUAAUCAUUAUAGAACACGAAAGAUGUUCAUAAAAAUGUGCUGUGGAUUAGCUAGCAUCUCUAACAAGACUACAUAAGUAAAGCCAAAACGUAAACACUUCUUAUAGCCUCAAAUGGAUGAAAGUGAUGCAUUUUUGGAGGAUCUACCUCCCGAAACAACUGAGGGUAGUGGUAAUAUUUUGGCAGAGCCUAGUAGAAUCUCAUCUAAAAUGGAGGAAUGUUCUUUAGAUGCUUCCUCCAAGGCUCAGCAUUCAAACUUAAAGAGAAGACGUAUAGAACAAGUCUUGGAGGCGGCCACAGAUAGUCAGAAUCAAUUGUAUGUGAGUGAUGUUAUGCCAUCGGUUAUUAAAAGCCGUUAUGGCAGGACCCAUAAACCAAAAAUACCUGAAGAUUUUCUACCAACUGACAAGAAGGUUGCAGCCAUACUUGGUCAUAGCCCACAUAAAAGCCCUGGUAAAAGUACAGGGUCACCUGUUUGUGCAACACCUAUAGAACUGGCAAAGGUUUGUCAGAAGGGGCAGAGACUCUAUGACAUUUUUGUGAAAAAGGAAAGACGAAGCAAGGGAAAUAUGGAGGUGGAAAAAACAGGUGGAAAUUUGAUUUCAACUCCCAGUGUGAAAUCAGAGAAGUCCAAUUCAGACAGUGUCACUGUUGAAAAUCCACCAGUAAAUACUGAAGCUACACCUGCAGAUAAUACUGUACUUUCUCCAGAAAAUGUGAAAGAGGAAGUGGAGAAUGUGGUAGCAGAUAAAACAUGUGAAACCACUGAAGUGUCAGUCUCUGAAGAGAAGGUACCAGGGUGUGACUGGGUGAUUGGAGACCUUGCAUGGGCUCGUGUUACUGGUUAUCCUUUCUGGCCAUGCAUGAUUGUAUUGGAUCCAGAGCAGAGAAUCUUCACCAAGACGACCGUUCGUGGGAACUUCACCCUUCGAAGCCUUCAUGUUCAGUUUUUUGGGGAUAAUGGUAGGCGUAGUUGGCUCUACUCCAAUUGUGUCAUUCAGUUUGAGGGUCUUGAAGCAUUUAAUAAAUCAGCAGUGAAGAUCCACAGUCAGAUGAAGAAACGAGAUCGUAAAUUUGCUGCUGCAUUCCAUGUUCCACCAAAAGCAAAAGCCAAAUGGGAUAUAGCUGUAAGAGAAGCAGAAGAAGCCAUGGGUAGAACAAGAACUGAACGAUUGCAAGAUUUUGCAAGGCUGUUCACAAAAGAUGUUUCAGUCAAAAGUGCUGAGACCCACAGUCCUCCACGCACCAAGCAACAGAAACGUGUGGAUGAUAAGAACAGCAGCUUCUCUUCAAAAAUGGGAAAUGUAGAAGAAGCCCCGCAGUCUCCAAGUCCUCACCUGUUUACUGAAACAAGUUAUAAAGUUAAUACUUCGACAGUAACUCCUGUCAUUAAAUUGAAGAUCAGUAGUGUCCAGGUGAAGAAGAAGAAACAGCAACGCAAGAAGCACAGUUUAGGUGGUCAGAGUUUUGAUCCAGACUUUGAAGCAUUUUUGCACAAGCACAUUGAUCACGUGGCAGAGGAACGUCCAGAUCUGAGUAUUAAAACAGUGGAGAAAUACCUUGCGAAAGAAUGGAACAAAAUGGAUGAGCUUCAAAAGUCAAAGUUUUACAGUCGUCUCAGUAUUACAAAUACUACAGUGGAAAGAACAGAAACAUCAAGCAGCGAAGAGGAAGAUAAUGUCAAUGAUGAAGAUGAGAGAGAGUCACAUGACAGUGAGAAAGCUGACAGUAGUGAAACCCGUGAAUCAAGCCCUGCUCCAUUUUUCAAACUUAAGAAAGGAGGUGGUCUGUUUCGUGGGACCAAGCAGGAGAAAGUAUGCCAGAUUUGUGAGAAACCUGGUGACACUGUCAAAUGUCGAGGACCUUGUUGUGGUACUUUUCACCUGGAGUGUAUGUCCAAGUCUUUGGAAGCCAAGGAGAAUGUGAAUAAUAUGACACCAGGCAGUGUUAGAGCAAAGAAAAGCAAAAUUGUUUUAACUGUUUCUCUGAAUAGAAGUGAUGUUAGCGAUGCAUUGUAUAAAGCUAAGGAGAAUGAAGAUGCACAAAGUUAUGACUUGGGUGAGGUGUCUGAAGCUGAGGAUGAAUAUCCAAAGCCUCUGAAUGGUAUGGGUAACAUGACAGAACAUGAUGAUAUGUUGAAUGAAAUGGAAUGUGUGUCUGUACCAAGGAAGAGGAAACGGUCUGGUGUAGAAGAAGAGGUGUGUGUUACAAACAAAAAGUAUGCCAAAGAAAAGACUGGUAUGGAUGAGAACAGAAUAAAGGACAAAGAAAAUUACAACAAGAAAAUAUCUGAAGAAAAAGAGGAAGAUGAUGCUGUUCACAUAAAAGAAAAAACUGGUAAAGGUUGCAGAGAGAAUGUGGACUCUAUUGUGAAGCAAAAAGUUGUUGAACUGCAAUCAGCAGAGGAGGCUGAAAUGGAUGUUGAUGAAGUGAAUGACACAGAAGAAGUAGAAGAUGAGAAUACUGAGAUUAAAACCAAAGAAAACAAGAAUGAAAUUGUAGAUACUGGUGAAAUGGAAAUAAAAGAAGGUGGAGAGGAAAGCAUAAUGAUUAAAAAAGAAAACCAUACAGAGGAAAGUUCAUUUGUAUCUGGGGAGGAAAAAGAUGUGAUAGGAGACAGAAUUAUUUCAGAUGGAAAUAAAGAUGAUAGAGGAAUGGAAGGAUACAAUGAUAAGGAAAACAAGGAGUUAAGUAAAUAUGAUGAGAAGGAUGUGAAUGCUCAGAAGGGAAACAGAGAUGAUUCUAAAAGAAAAGAUGAGCAGGGAGGAGAGGAAUCUGAUUUGGAUGGAAGUAAAAUUGAAAUGAAAGAAAUUUGUGUUUCUGUAGAGAAAGACAGGUAUAAGAGAGCUACAAGAGGUAUGGGCAAGAGGAGAGAGAAGGAGGAUGCUAAAGGAAGUAGAACUGACAUGAAAGAAGGUAAGAAAGAUACAAAAAUUAGUCUUGAGGAGAAAGAAAAAGAGAAAAUUAUUGCCAAGAAAAAGGAUAAAGAAGAAAAGGGGAAGGAUGAUGCUGCAGAGGAGAAAAUGGCCACAGACAGUGCAGCAGAAUUCCGUUGCAAGGACUGCAGGGAGGGCCGGAAUCCACCGUGUUUUGCAUGUGGCAGAAUACAGGAGGAGAAGACUGGCAGGGAACAUCGUCAGCGCUGUGCAGUGGGUCACUGUGGCAAGUUUUAUCACAUGGAAUGUCUCAAACUUUGGCCUCAAGCAUGGUCAAGCGGUAGUGCAUCAUCUCGGAGGCAGUCUGCUGCAGCAGCUCGUGGAGAGGACAUCACUGAAAGUCAGGUAGCCGUUACGUGCCCUCAACAUGUGUGUCAUACCUGUGCAUCUGAUGAUCCUAGAAAUGCUACAACACGUUUUGCCCAUGAGCGACUGGUACGCUGCAUUCGUUGCCCUACAGCUUAUCACACUGGAAAUUACUGCCUUCCGGCUGGAUCAGAGGUGCUGACAGGAACACAGAUCAUUUGCCCCAAACAUUAUGAACCUCCACAGAAAAGGACUUACCAUGUUAAUGCAGCUUGGUGUUUUAUUUGUGCUAUGGGAGGUUCUCUUAUAUGCUGUGACUUAUGUCCAACUUCAUUUCAUGCUGAGUGUCUGCGAUUAUCACCUCCAGAAGGUAGCUUUAUCUGUGAAGACUGUGACACAGGAAGGUUCCCGUUGUAUGGUGAAAUUGUUUGGGUAAAGCUUGGAGCAUACAGAUGGUGGCCAGCUCAGAUUUUGUAUCCAAGUCAGAUUCCUGAGAACAUCCAGAAUCUGCCCCAUGUACGCGGAGAGUUUGCUGUUAGAUUCUUUGGUUCCCAUGAUUAUUACUGGGUGAACCGAGGCAGGGUCUUCUUAUAUCAGGAAGGGGACACUGGACACAGCACCAAUCGCAAAUCAUACAUGGAGGGGAUGUUUAGUCGUGCAUUGCUUGAGGCUCGUGAAGCUCAUAAAACAUUAGAAGAAGAAAAAGCUACAAGAGAUGCUGAAGCAAGGCCAGUUAUGAAACCACCAAUGUAUGUGAAGAUUAAAAGUAACAGGGCUGUGGGUAAUGUGAGGGUGACAGAGAUGGACCUUUCUGGCAUGACUCCUUGUGAGUGUGAUCCAAAUUCUCCAAAUCCCUGUGGACCAGAUACAGACUGUCUCAACAGGAUUUUGCUGGUGGAGUGUAGCCCUUCUGUAUGUAUGGCAGGAGAGAAAUGUGGGAAUCAGUGUUUCGAGAAAAGACUGUACCCACCUCUUAUUCCAUAUAGGACAGAAACCAGAGGUUGGGGUCUCAAGACUCUUGAAAGCAUUCGCAAAGGAGAUUUUGUGAUCGAAUAUGUAGGUGAAAUGAUCGAUGAGGCAGAAUAUCAGCGUCGCAUGACACGGAAACAUGAGGAGAAGGAUGAAAAUUAUUACUUUUUGACUAUUGACAAAGACAGAAUGUUGGAUGCAGGACCUAAGGGAAAUGUUGCACGAUUUAUGAACCAUUCAUGCCAGCCAAAUUGCGAGACACAGAAAUGGACAGUGAAUGGAGACACACGUGUAGGAUUAUUUGCUCUGAUGGAUAUUCCUGCUGGCACAGAACUUACAUUCAACUAUAACUUGGAGUGUGUUGGUCCAGACAAGAAACCUUGCAUGUGUGGUGCUCCCAACUGUAGUGGUUUUAUUGGGGUCAAGGUUAAUAAGCAGAUAGAAGAGGACAAGAAACCUCGCAUAGAGUUACACAACUUGGCAAAACGAGCUAAGAAACGACAUUCUGGUGUCAGAGUGAAGGAUGAUACAUGCUUCAUUUGUGGUGGGGGUGGAGAACUGCUACUCUGUGACAACAAGACAUGCCCCAGAGGUUAUCAUCUUCACUGCCUUAAGCUAAAAAGGUCCCCUCAAGGAAAAUGGCUUUGUCCGUGGCAUCGUUGCAAUGAGUGUAACAAGCGUACCGUUAGACGAUGUGGCUUUUGCCCCAAUUCAUUCUGUCCUCAGCAUGCCGAUGGGAACAUCAGAGUACAUCCAACAGCUGGGUUGGUGUGCAAGGACCAUGAUAAAGAACCACCAGCCAACGUUAAGGAAGAAUCAUUAGACGUGGCAGAAGUCGGUAAUAAAAUGGAAACAGAAGAGGAAGGUGCUAGUGAAAAGUCAUCAGAUCCCACACCUGAAGUCAGUUAUGCUGAUAAGGAAAUUUCACAAAAGACAAAAGAUGAAGAUCUUGCAAUAGAAACUACAAAUGGAAGUAAAUCUCAUGCUUUGUCUGAAGAAACUGCAGUGCUCCACUGUGCUGAGAAAGAGACUGUGAUAAAAGAAUGUAAUCUGCCUUCUACAGAUGAAGACAAAGAUGGCCUGUCUGAAAAUAUUUCUGAUUCUGACAUAAAGAGUUUCAAAGACAUGAAUGAAGAAAAAUUUCCAAAGGAAGACACUUUAAUUCAAGAUGAUACAUGUCCUCACAAUGACGAAUCGAUUCCAGAAGUGAAUGGUACUGUGAUAUGUGAUGAAAAUAUUAUGGAUCACAAGAACGUAACUGAAGAUUCUGUAGAAAGCAGUAAUGGUGUUCAGAAGCAAAGAAGUGGUCAGCCAAAAAAUCCAACAGUUGAGGAGAAUCGUGAGACAAAGAAGCAUAAAAAUAAAGGCCUCUGUGGUACAUCUGCAUUCAACAAAGUAGAUUUGAAUAAUGAACUUGAAAGUCUUGCAGAAAGCUUCUCAGAUAAUGAAAUUUUUAAGAAGAAAGUAAAUAAACUUGCCAGAAGGCAUAAGAAAAAAUUGCAGCCUAAAGAUAUGUCUGUAAAUGGCUUGGGAGAAGACCUAGAAAAGAAAAAAAUGGUUCAAACCAGCAGAAUUUCAUCUGAUGUGUCAAAUGAACUUGGAUUUAAAGGGGAUGAUAUUCAUUUUGAAGAACAGUGUGGGGGAAAUGGAGGUCUUAAAGUAGAAACUACUGAAGAAGAGAAGGAAGGUGUACACAUCAUGGAAGACGUGCCUUUGAAGGAGAUUGAAGGAGAUUCAAGUAAUGGUACGCAGAAAAUAUGCAAUGAAACCAGAAGUAGCCCAUCUGAUAUUGUGGCUUCCAAUGGAAUUGAAGCUUCAGGUGUACUCAUACUGCCAGUUGAAAGUUGACCGGUUUUGGCAUCUGAACAGAUUUAAGGUACUUGUCAUGCAUAUUUUUAGUGCAUUAUACAGAUUAGUUGACCAUUAUGUAACAUGUAGUUCUGCAGUUUAAGUAAUUUGUAUCUUUUUUUGCAGCUGAUUUAUCAAUUAAAGCAACAUUUCAUUCGCUCCAUCAAUUGUAAUGAAUGAACGUUGUGUACACUGUAAUAAUGAGUAAGCCUGUUUUCUCAAUGUGCAGAAAUGCAAGUAGCCUGUUCUUUUGAAUAUAUGACUUAUGGUCUUUGUGCCAAUAAUUUUGUAUGGGCUACAUUUUCUUUGUGUCCUGUAUACAUUUUCUCAUGGAACUGCCCUUACAUGUCAUGUUUUAUAUAUUCCUCUUGCUAAUUUUGUAGUGAUCAUGUAUGAUCGUAUAAUUCACUCUAAUUUAUGCAGUUUAAGAUCUUGUUUUAUAUAUGUGCAGAAAUUCAGUUGAGUUUAAAAUGUGAGUAGACUUGCAUUCCAUACCUCAGUCUUUUUAUAUUUGGCUUGAGAUUAGUAAUUGCAGACCAGAGUUCUCUCUCAAGGUGAUGAACAUUGUUUUCAUUGUGUAGAUGUAUAUUGUUCCAGAUGUUUAUUUCAAACUGCUAUGCAAAGCAUGUCUUAUUUUCAGGGUAAUUGUGUACAACAAUGCCUAACCAACCACACUGGUGACAUUUUUAAAAAUAUUGUUAUUGGUGAGACCAAGGCUAUAUAGGAAAUACGGUGUGACAGGAGCCAUUUCCACUGGUAACACUCAGCAGAACCUAACAAAGUUGCCUGUCUUCCUUCAUUAAACACAAAAAAUGUGAAAUAACAUGUUUAAAAAUAAUACGUAUUCAGGUACCAUUGAUACUCUGCAAGACAAGAGCUGUGUUGUUGAGUUGCACCAUAGCUAUGACCGUACCAUUAGCAGACAAUGUUAUGCUUCUAUUACAUAGCUCAGAGCUUGGGUCUCUGUGUCUAUACUAAGUAAAACAUUGAAAUCGUCUGUUUUAUGUAACCAUUUAAGACAUUAGAUUACUGAGUGUUGAAGUCCAUGAUAAUGACGCUGCAUUCAUGACAAUUUGUGUGUGUAACCUCUUCUUGAGCUACCAAUUUUUUCCAUGUGUACCAGAAAUAAAAGCUGCAGACACAUGAAACCAAACAUGGUGUUGACAAAUGGAUUUAAAUAGAAAACUGCAGAUAUGUGAAAUUUGCAGUUGGCGAAGGUGUUCUCUGUUUCAAAUUUUAUUUUAUUUAACCUCAGUAUUGACCUGUCUUUUGCUACAGGAUAUGCAGGAUUUACUAGGCUGUUUUGGAAGUAAAUUUCAUUACAUGAAAAGGACUUGAGUGCCCAGGAUUAUGUCCCAUUCUUUAACAGUGAUCUCUGGCCAUUGGAGUUAAGCGUAGUGGGGGAUUGCAAACCAUUAAGCUCCAAUAUCAGUAGUGGGAAGAAAGUGUUGUUACAUAUAUUUUGGGGAACACCAUUAAGAAGAGUACUGUCUUCUGGUAUGUAACGCUAUGUUUCAGUAGAGGUUCCCUGACAUUGUGGUGGAACAUAGAGCCUCUUUCUUCAUAGUCAAAGAGGAAUGUGACCUCUGCUUGCUGGUGAAAAAAAAGUAAAGCUGUCCCUGUCCCAGGCUGUGAAGGCCCAUAG